CCAAGUGACCGAAUAUGGUGUCCCAACAACAACUAUAUGUUUUCCGGCUUUAACAAAAAGCAGUUUGUACAAAUUUAACCCCACCAUAGUGCCGCAUGACUCAAAAGUUGGUAUAAUACAGUAGUCGUCGACCGUAUAUACGACUUGGACCAAAAUACCCCUCUCGUUUCGCCCAUAAAUAUCAGCCUCCCAUAAUGCAAUUCUUCCCUUUUCCCCUUCUAAUCUCUCUCUCAUCUCUCUAUUACCACCAAAAAAAUAUAUUGGUAGUGUGAAAGCCAUGUUGUCUACUGUACCGGCCUUUUCCAUUGCUGAACCGGCCUUCUCGGAUUUCCAAACCGGGUUCACGCAUUGGGAUUGGGUCUGCUCUGAUCUCUUCUCCGUUAUUGAGUCUUCUCUCAAACCGGCCGGGACAGACCCUUGUUCUGAUGAUCCCGGAGACCAUGUAAAGCAAACCUCCGGUUCUCGGAAUACAAAACCCGAUUCUGACGAUUCCAUUGCCGGUUCGAUUGAAAUGAACUCUGGAUCUGGUUAUACCAACGCUUUCGAUGGUAAGCCGAGCCCUCGACAUGAUGACCAGGACUCGGGAGAAAUGAAAAACUUGAUAACCGGCUCGGCUGAGUGUACCCAUAACCGGACCGAAAUGAACGGUCCGGUUUCGGACCCUACGGUUUUUCAGGUGGUCGACGAGAGGAGGAAGAGGAUGCGGAUGGAAUCAAACCGGGAAUCGGCAAGGCGGUCGAGGAAGCGUAAACAAAACCACAUCGAAGACUUAAGGAACCAGAUGAGCCGGCUGGGGGUUGAAAACCGGGAACUCACGAACCGGAUCAGGGUGGUUUUGUACCACAUUCAACGGGUGAGCACGGACAACAACCGGCUCGUGGCGGAGCAAGAGAUUCUCCGGCGGAGGUUGUCGGAGAUGCGACGGAUUCUGAUUCUCAAACAACUUCAGCAUCAAUGGGCACGUAAUCACAGCUCCGUGAUCACGACCGAACAAAACCCAUCAUCGAUAAUCCAUCAAAUUAUAUAAACAAAUACUUAGAACAAGCCCCCCCAAAAAAAAGAGAUUCAGACAUCAAAUCAAACCUAUCUCUCUGUAAUAAGUGACAGGGUGUUAGGGAAGAAGGAUGUUGGUAUUUUCUUCUGUCUACGAGGAAGAAAAAAAGAUUGCUUUUUGGGUUUUUUUUUCCCUCCACGAGCUAACACCAUGCAUUGCAUGCGUCACGACGCUAUAUAAUUGUAAUUGUAUAUUUCUUUAUUUAAAAAAACUAAAGCAUUAUAUGUCCACUUCCAUGAUGACUUUGUGACGCCACUAAUGU